AUGAAGUCCUCUUGGUUAUUUAUAAUAUACGUGCUAUGGCUGAACGGUCAUCAGUGUGCACCGACAAGGCAGGAGGAAAUGCACCUCCGUGAAAAUCUGAAACUAUUAUCUGAGGUUGGAGAGAAGUAUGUAGAUGAAGAGGUAAAGAAAGCUUUGAUUGGUAUUAAGCAGAUGAAAAUUAUGAUGGAAAGAAAUGAAGAUAAGCACGUACAUCUGAUGAAAACCUUGAAGAAGAGCAGUGAAGAAAAACAGCAAGCCAUGCGACUUAUGGAUGAAGUAAAGGAAAGAUUAGAAGAAGAAGAAAGACAAUGUCAAGUAUCAUUGAAAAAUUUAUGGGAUGAAUGCGAAUCUUGUUUAGAAAGUACCUGCAUGAGAUACUACACUACUUGCAAAGAUGGUUUGACAACAUUUAGAAGAAAGGUUGAAGAUUUUUUGAGUAAAAUACCUCCACUCAUUUUUACUUUUCAUGAGGAUCAAGGAAAAGACAUCCAGUUUAAUGAAAAGCCUGAGAAAGAGGAUACCCAGCUAGUAAAAAUGGAAGAUUUAUUUAGCCAACUAUUAUCGGACAUGGGCUCAAUAUUUGACAGAAGUUUCAUUUUUUUCAAGCAGAUGCAAAAAGAAUUUGAUCAGUCUUUUCAGACGUAUUUCAUGUCUGAUGUGGACUUGAAUGAAACCCUCAGCAUGCCAGCUUUACCUGAGGACAUCAUCAGAAAUGAUGGCCCACAAAAAGCUUGGGGUAUACCUGGCUUCUUGCAGGUAGUUUUUGAUUUCAGUAAGACAGUGUUUGAAGGUGUCAGUGAGGUGAUUACCGAAGUAUUUGAGGAUUACAGAGAUAAAAGAAGAGAUGUGCAAGAACAAGCCAAAGAUCCGGACAGAAGUGGUAUGUUCUCAAAAAUUGUGUCAGGGCGACAGAGACAUCUAUGCAGGGAGCUUCGAGAGAACUCUUCUGGAUGUCCACAGUUUCAUGAGAGAUGUCACAAAUGCCAAGACAAUCUUUUGCAUGAUUGCCCAAACGUUCCUGAACUGCAUAUAAAGUUUGAUGAAGCUUUUAAGCUGGUUAAUCUCUCAGGAGAGCAGUAUGAGCAGAUUCUCCAGGUGGUUCAGCGUCACACAGAAGACACUUCCUACUUGUUGAACAAAAUGAAAGAAAGAUUUGGGUGGGUGUCUGAGUUAUCCAACACGACAAUUGGACCAGAAAACAUUUUCAAUAUAGUUAAGGUGGUACCUGGGGAUCCGUCUGGUAAAAAUGAAACUGUGGUAGAUGUGAAUAUUCUGACUUCACCUACUUUCACCAUUAAAGUUCCUCCCAACAUAGACCCAAAGAGUGCUGAAUUCAUUGAAUAUAUAGCUGGGAAAGCAUUGCAACUAUAUAAGCAGAAUUUUUAA